GGAAAAGAAGAAAGAGCUGUCGGUGUUUUCUUCACGGCUUUUAUUGAACCAUGUGAAAACGACAGUUUUAAGUUUGCGGUGGCAUUAAAGUGACAUUUAGGAGGAUAAUAUCUAAAUUCUACCAAUGAGCCACGGAAAGCAGUUGUAUGCGUUUGACGUCAGGUGGGCUGUGCUUCGCCACGGUUUCAUGUGCGUGUUUGUUGUGUUUUCCUGCGUGUCCGCUACACGAGAGGCAGAAACUCCAGACUGGAGAAUGACCCUGAAAACUAUUCGGAACGGGAUUCACAGGAUUGACACGUACCUGAACGCAGCACUGGACUUGUUUGGCGGCGAUGACGGUCUGUGUCAUUUUAAGUGUAGUGAUGGGUACAAGCCAAUUCCUCGUCCAGGGUACAAGCGGCCACCACCAAAUGGCUGCGGUUCCCCAUUGUUUGGAUUUCAGUUUGACAUUGGCAUCCCUUCCAUGACCAAAUGCUGCAACCAGCAUGACCGCUGCUACGACACCUGUGGCCAACAGAAACACGACUGUGAUGAGGAGUUCUAUAGCUGUCUAGAAACCAUCUGCAGGAACAUACAGAAGACUCUGGGACUGUCCCAGAGUGUCCAAGCGUGUGAAUCAGCGGUGACUGUGCUCUUCGAUGCCGUCAUGCACUUAGGGUGCAAGCCGUACCUGGACAGCCAGCGAGAGUCUUGUGUGUGUCAGUAUGAGGUGAAGAGGGAGCUGUGACACCUGAAGACUACGAUGGAGCACAACACCACCACACCAGCACAGCACUCAACUUUCUGUUGGGGAACUCUUGCACAUUCACAGGGGCAGAGCUCCUUGUGACCAGUCGUCAUUCAUCAUGUGAAAGUUGAAUUACAGCGGUGUUUGGAGUUUGCUAUGAUCUAUCUACUAACAUAGUUAUUUAUAUUUUGUUAAUAUUAUUUCAUUUGUUCUGUGAUGGACUAUCAUCAAGGUUCAGCAAUAAGAAAUUUGACUUUCAUUCUGUUUGUAAAGUAGCUGAUAGAGGCUGACACAUUCGUGCACAUUUGGGAUUGUAAUACAACUGAGAGUAUAAAUAAGUAAAUUAUU